AUAUAACCCAAACCUACUAAAAAUCACAUUCCAACCUUCUCAGAUCCGAUAGAUCAUCAAUUCUUUCCGGUACAGACCUCAAGUGCGAUCUCCAGCAAUUCGAGCAGGGCACCCGCACGUGACCCCCCAAAUGCGGAGGGCCCCGGACUCUGCUCUGCGCAGCCUCGACCCUCGGAACAUCUCAGCAUCACGGUCCCGUCCGGUCGGAGCCAGUCUCUCCCUCUUCUAUUGUCUACAUAAUUCCUGCAUUACGGAAUCCACCGGUCGCGCUUCCCGGUGGUAGUUAUUCUUCAUGGCUACUACGACCAACGGCGGCAGAGCAUCCUCAGUUGCAUCUACGACAGGUAGCUUAGUCGAUGCCUCGGGGUACAAGUAUUCCGAGAAGGAUACCAAGCUUGGGAAGAUUAAACUGAAGAAGGCGGCUAAGCCGGGGAAGAAGAAACAUGAUGCCCCCGACUCACCUCCCGGAUCGUCGCCCAUCCUGCCCGAAAUCGAUCAGAAGACUAUGGCGGCCUUUCCGACGGGUAAACCCCGCGAAGAAGAUCAUCUCGAGACGGUUAUUUGUAAAACUUGUAAGAGGCCGGUAUUGAAGCAGAAUGCAGUCGAGCAUAUUCGGGGGUGUAUCCGAGCGAAGCAGGAGAAGGCCAGGAAGAAGAAGGAGGCGAGGGAUGCGGCGAAUCGGGCUAAGGAGAAGGGUGAUAAGGAUGGGGACGAGGAGGGGGUGAGCGUUCCUGGGUCUGGGUCUGGGGGGACCGGGGCUGGGGGUGCCGGUGGGGAAAAGGAGAAAGAGAAGGAGAAGGGGGAGGGAGGUCCUGGGGAGGAUUCGGUGAAGGCGCAGAAGAGUGCGAAAAAGUCGGCUGUUAAGGGGAUGGCGGAGGAUGGGACCAAGAAGGGGAAGAAGCGUAAGACCGAGGCUGGGGAGGAUGAUAAGGAUAAGGAGCCGAAGAAAAAGAAAAAGAAGGAGGAGCCCAAACCGAAGGCGCCCAAACCGAAGGGCCCGGUGGAUGUUGAGAAGCAGUGUGGUGUCACUCUGCCGAAUGGUGCGCAGUGCGCGAGAUCGUUGACUUGUAAGAGUCAUUCGAUGGGCGCGAAGAGAGCUGUACCAGGUCGCUCGUUGCCGUAUGAUAUGCUGUUGCAGGCGUAUCAGAAGAAGAAUCAGGCGAGACAGCAGAAGGCUGCCAUCGAUGCCAAUGCUCCCCUGCAGGAUGAUCUAGACAACAACGGGCCUGUGGACUCGGAUGAAGAGAAAGAUGCUGUCAUGGCGGCGAUUUCCCGCUCCCACCCGCAGCCAUUGAUCACUCAUACACGAAUCUCGACGAAGAAGAAGUACCAGUACGUGCGCAUCAAAGAGAUGCUGUCCCAUGCCUUGGGCGGUUCCCGGGGCGGUGGCCUCUUUUCAACGGGUGAUAGUGUCUCUUCUCCAUUCACGGAUGGCAACCUGUUCACACCGGUGGAGGAAGUGACUGCCUCGCCCAUCCCUGCGACGGUGACUGCACCGGCAGCUGCGCCGGACAACGCUACAGAUGCUGGUGGAAGGACGCCGGCGCAGGCUCCUAAGAAGUUGCCCCUGGCGGUCAGCUCAUCAUAGCACAGCAAUUGACGACUGAUGACGGUCUUCUCCAACGGAUGGUUUCUGGUCAGGGAGUUUGGGCAAUGCUGGGUGGCGUUUCUGGAAGGGUUCUCCGGUCUGGUUUGGUUUGCUGCGAUUGAUAAGAUACCCCGCACUGAGUGUCCCUGGCGUGCAUUAUUGUAUAUUAAGUCGUUCCUUUGACGGUUGUGUCAGAUUGCAAUCAAUGUGCAUACGCAAUCAGUUUUUUACCGGUGGAUGUUGGAAGCAUCGGUGCAGUUUCAGUUUCAU